AGAAGUUCAGUAUUCUUUUCAAGUCAACAACGCAAUCGAAAAUGAAGUCCCUGAUCUUAUGCUUGCUGUUCGUGGUAUAUUCCCACGGCUUUAGUAGCGACCCAGAAAAAGCAGAUUGGACAAAGCUUUACGUGACAUUUCCAAAGUACAGCUCACUGCCAAAGACAGCCCAGGACGCCAGGGAUAAUGGAUGGACUUUGACGGAGCCAUGUAGCGACAAAAACUACUUUGCUGGACAUCGUUAUGUGCUGAAUGGAGAUACCGCUGUGAUGUUGCUUUUCGGCUCAAAUGGGCAAGUCGCUGGAAUACAAAUGGGGGUGUCAAAGUGCAAGGUUARCGCCAAAAAAGCUCCAUGGAUCAGAGAGGGCAAUAUGUACGUUAUGACAGCUUACUUUAGAGACCCUGGAACCAUAUGCACGACGAACAAGACGAGCGACUCAUAUGGAGACCGGCUUGUUAUCUUGAAUGGAGCAAAGGGAUCUUUGACCGAGAUACCAUUCAAAGAAGAGGACCUGGCGAAUACAAAUUGGGUUGCUGGAAGAUGUUUUGUUGGGAUGGGUCAGCACUACUGGUACAACAUCUCGUCCAACAUGAACUGCGAUGACUUUUAUCCCGUUUUCMUCUUAUACAAURGCAAGAGACUGCAUGGGUUUGGUUGGAACACUGUGGGUAAUAUUGAGAGCAAAAGAUGUGAGCAUCCUGUUCCCAAACACUUUGGGUGGUUCUUCCAAAAAGAGACGCAACCAAAGUGCCUCGAYACAGCAGGACCGCUGACCACACAACACGUGUAUAUGCGUCUGCCCUAUUCGGCCCUUUGUAUUUCGUGAUUUGAUCAWUGACUGCUUGCCUCCUUUUGGUUUCAUGGCAAUCUUUCACACGAAUAAAGUUAAAUUAAAGGGGUA